CAGUCACCGACACGAUAAAAGCAAACAUGGACGCGGUUGUGGCGCUGGCAAAGGAACAAGGGCUGGAGCUGGGCAGCGAAGCCUUUGCGGCUUACCUGGAUGACCACGAUGACCUGGCCCACUUUCGCAAGGAGUUCCAUGUUCCGCGCAUGAAGACGCUCACCUGCGUGGAUCAAUCCCUGGUUGAUCCAGAGACGGAGUGCGUCUACCUCUGCGGCAACUCUCUCGGCUUGCAACCGAAGCGCACGGCCACCAUCGUGCAGGAGGAGCUGGAUGCCUGGGCCAAGGGCGGCGUUACUGGCCACUUUUCAGAUGGCCCCAGCAAGCGCCCGUGGGUCUCCAUUGAUGAGCAAGUCACCGGCAAGGCCGCCCGCGUCGUCGGCGCGGAGGAGGACGAAGUGGCCAUCAUGAACACGCUGACCGUCAACCUCCACCUCCUCAUGGUGCCGUUCUACACGCCGACGCCUGAUCGAUACAAGAUCAUUGUGGAGGCCAAGGCGUUCCCGUCGGACCACUUUGCUGUCGUGUCGCAGAUUGAGCAGCGUGGCUACAGCGCCGCCGAUGCGCUGGUGGAGGUGCGGCCGCGCGAUGGCGAGCACUCCAUCCGCGACGAAGACGUCAUUGCCGCCAUCAACGAGCAUGCAGACACCGUUGCUCUCGUCCUCAUUGGCGGCGUGCACUACUACACGGGCCAGUUCUUUGAUCUCCCCGCAAUCGCAGCAGCAGCACAUGCGCAGGGCGCAUUUAUGGGCGUUGAUCUGGCCCACGCUGUUGGGAACGUCGAGCUGCGACUGCACGACUGGGACAUUGACUUUGCAUGCUGGUGCACAUACAAGUACCUCAACUCUGGUCCCGGUGGCAUUGCGGGCGCUUUUGUGCACGAGAAGCACAACAACACCAAACGCCCCCACUUUGCCGGAUGGUGGGGUGUGCGUCUGCAGGAGCGAUUCAAGAUGGAACACGACGGCCACUUUAUGCCAGGGGUGCGCGGGCUGCAGCUGUCCAACCCUGGUGUGCUGCAAACGGUUGCGCUGCUGGGAUCGCUCGAGAUCUUUGACCAGACGUCGAUGCCCGAUCUUCGCAAGAAGGCAAAACUCCUCACAGGUUACCUCGAGGCUCUUCUUACCAACAUGUUCAGCAAGGACGAUGGAUUUGAGAUCAUCACUCCCUCUGACCCCGAGCGCCGCGGCUGUCAGCUCUCAGUGCUGUUUGGGCGGAAGAUCAAGCCUGUGUUUGAGCAGCUUGAGAAGCGCGGCGUCAUCUGCGACAUGCGCGAGCCAAACGUCAUGCGCCUCGCCCCCGUGCCCCUCUACAACUCGUUCAACGACGUCUACAGGUUCGUCCAGCUGCUUCGCGCGGCCAUGGAGGCGGCUCCCUGAGUACCACAACAACACUUGUCGCACUUCCUUCUCGUCGCCAGCUUCGGCUGUGUGCUGUGUUGUCUCGUGCCUGGCAUGGAUCAAAUCAAUGAACCAAUCUGAACAAG